AGCAGCUGGAUCCACUGCAAGUACCCCAAUGAUGAGCUCUACAGCAGCUGGAUCCACUACAAGUACCCCAAUGAUGAGCUCUAUAGCAGCUGGAUCCACUACAAGUACCCCAAUGAUGAGCUCUACAUCCGCCGGUGCCACCGUUAGCACCGUGGCAACGCCUGCUGAAACCACUGCUAGCACCAUUGCAACGUCUGCCGUAGCCACCUCUACGGCAGCAUCUACUAAAACCCCAGUUGAAGCUCUACUGACGGCCAUCUCCAGCGAAGGCUGCACCGAGACCCUGCUUUGUGCCCAAGAGCCGGCGAGCUGCGACCCAUCGGUGACAACAUGCUACUUUGUAUCCGCCCAGCAGACUGAAGGCCUGAACUAUGGGUUCAGCCUCUCUGGAGAGUCGGAAGGCUACAUAGCCGUCGCGUUGUCAACUGACAGCUCUUUAGGAGGAGGGGACAUUACCUAUAUUUGCGCCAACAAUGAAGAGUCCUUCGAAUUCAUCGGUGCUUCGCUGAACAACAGUGCUUUGAUUAGACAAACCGUGACCGUAAACUCGGUGAAGGGUCUCAUCAACGGAACCACAAUCCAGUGUACGUUUACUGCCACCAUUCCUGAUGCCACUACCAGAGCAGUGUCUACCUCCUAUUCUCUAGCUAUUCUCACCGGAAACCUUUCCAGCACAGGUGUACUGGGAAAUCCUGUGGCCAGAGUGCAGACACAAGUGCUGGACAUAUCAGAUGCCAGCUCCAGCACCAGUAUCCUCACCACGGUCGCAACCACCACAGUCGCAACCAGUACCGUUGCAAACAGUGGCCGACCAACUCACCUGGCACUGUCACAAGCUCUACUCAUCAUCCUAGGGACCAUGGGCCUGGCCUUGCUAUAAAGAAACUUUAAAGAAACUUUAAGAAGUGACAAAAACAUAAUUGUGAAAAUACAAUCCUUAGCAUCCACAAUUUUUUAUUUGAUGAACAAAACAUUUACAUUUAAUUAACUACAUAAAAAAAACAUUUUGACUGUUUGUAAAAUACUUCACUUGUUUUUUUUUUAUAUAUUCAGUUCAUUAAUGGAGGAUUUUGUUAAUUAAAGGCCCAUGACGAUGCCUGUCAGUUAGCCUUAAAGAGGGAGCUAUUUAUUUUUCUUAACAAUUAUGUCCUUUUUUUAACUUGGGGUGAGACAUGACUUUAGUGUAUAUUUCCACACAUCCGAUUGUAUGUUUCAUGUAUUUAUUGUGUUGCUCUCAGACCAACAGGUUAUCGGGCACUGAAACAAUGCUUGUCCUCUCUCUUCGUUGAAUGAUGCCACUGGAUGGCAGAAACGAUACUGCCUCUAGUUGCCUCAUUGUCAAAUUGUAAAAGCAACCUUUUUUAAAUAAUGGCUUUGUAAUGUAAUUAUGAAAUAUUCUCCUCCCUUUCCCUCUCUUGUCUGCAUUUUUAUCUCUGCCCAUCAUCAUAGAAGCCAUAGGACUGGCCUUGUUAUAAGGCAAACGCCUGCUAUACGGCUAUUUAAUGUCAAGACUAUGAAUGGGUUAAUUAAAGGCAAAAGUGUAAUCGCUCA